UGAUUGUAAGGAACCGCUUCUUAACGAGCACUGAAAGCGGGUUGAAGCUUGACGCAUCUUUCGAUACCGCUUGACGCAUAUUUGAGGCCCUCCCACGCCGCUUCUAACCAUACCAUACUAGGCAGUAGGCACUAGCAUUUCAUUUGCUGUUCCAAUUCAUCUCAGUCGGACUCUCAGGCAGACAGGCGCCCAAAAAGGCUCCAACUUUCACAAAUGGCGACCAUCCGAAUGAUUGAUAUAGCAGUCAAUCUCACUGAUGGUAUGUUCAAAGGAAUAUACAACGGCAAGAAAUACCAUGUGGCAGAUAUUUCUGCAGUACUCAGCAGGGCUUGGAGCGCCGGUGUUGAUCGAAUUAUUGUUACUGGUGGAUCUCUAGAGGAAUCAAAAGAAGCUCUUGCUAUUGCUGAAACUGAUGCAAGACUUUUUUGCACGGUUGGCGUGCACCCAACAAGAUGCAAAGAAUUUGAUGAGAGUGGGGAUCCCGAAAAGCAUUUUCAGUCUCUUCUCUCACUGGCUAAAGAGGGGGUUGAGAAAGGAAAGGUGGUGGCAAUUGGUGAAUGUGGACUGGAUUAUGACAGGCUUCAUUUUUGCCCGUCUGAGAUUCAACAGAAAUAUUUUGAGAAGCAGUUUGAACUAGCUCACGCAAUGAGGCUUCCAAUGUUUCUUCACAUGCGAGCAGCUGCUGAGGACUUUUGUACCAUUCUGGAGAGAAAUAAGGAGCGGUUCUGCGGUGGGGUUGCUCACUCCUUUACAGGCAGUGCAGAAGAGCGUGAUAAACUUCUUUCAUUCAGUAAUAUUUUUAUAGGCGUGAAUGGUUGCUCACUGAAGACAGUUGAGAAUCUUGAUGUUGUUAAGGGCAUACCGAUGGAGCGAAUGAUGAUCGAGACAGAUUCUCCAUAUUGUGAAAUAAAAAAUACUCAUGCAGGGAUUAAUUUUGUGAAAACCUCAUGGCCGUCCAAGAAGAAAGAAAAACAUGAUCCAGACUACGCCAUCAAAGGUCGAAAUGAACCCUGUACGGUACGGCAAGUGCUUGAGGUGGUCGCUGGCUGCAAAGGUAUUGCUGACAUAGAUCAAUUGAGCAAGAAAUUGUACCACAACACUUGCAGGAUUUUCUUCCCUCAAGACGUUGACUCUGCAGCAGACGCACUUCUUGCUGGUCAUGAUACUGCUGAAAGAUCACAGCGUGUUUAGCUUAAGAGAAGCUACCGGAGAGGUUUAUCUUUAGUUUUGUUUUUCCUUCGUAUUUGUCUGAGGCUGUGAUUUAUUGAGAACGCCAAAACAACUGGCACUGGGUACUCUUUACCUUGGAACAUUAGCCGAAUCCAGUUCCAACUAUUAAUGCUUCUCUUCAUUUUGGUUGACGUUCUAUGUUGAGGGAUUUUUAAGCUCUGAACUUGAAUAAGAUGCCGUUGAAAAAUGCUUCUUCA